CCAGAGCUGUGGAAUGCGGAGCCGGUUAGGCCGCAAAGGUACGUAUCGUCCACUGGGAGACACCGGAAAUUUGGUAACAAUGUGGAUCAGUGUAAAUGACGAAGGAGGGCGAUGAUUGAUUGGCACCAAUCUAGACCAUGGCGAGCCCGGAGAAAUUUGAUGACGCCAAAAGGCUCGAUGCGCUUAGGGAAUAUUUUCCUCCUAUGCGCUUAGGCCACACAAAACGCGCGCGCGCGACACGCGGGGCAGACACGACACACGGAUAAUAUCUAUGCGCGCGCUGAAACGCCAGGAAAUUGUUUCCAGCGGGAGACGGUCGGCGCAACCUGCUAUGCGGGAAUGUUUCGAAGUGACAACCACGAUGCGCCUUCUAAUUUUUCUUCGCGAAAUGCGCGGAAUCGGCAGGAACGAAGCGAGGAAGGCGAUAGUGCUUCUUCUCUUAGUCGGUGUAAGAGACAGGCAUACAAAAGAGGCUGUUGACAGACGACGAACAGAAAGGGCGGCGAGCGAAACGCAGCGAAGAGGGAGCGGUUAUCUAUCCCUUCCGUUGAGGAAGGAGGGGAGGACAGACUGCGCGCGCAAGGGGUAUGUUGUCGACAGACAAGGCGCCCCUCCAAAAAAAGGAAAUUUCUUUUUUAACUGGACAGCCACGCGAGAAAUGUAUGUAUGUCGAUUAUUAGCGACCAAAGCGAGAGCAGGGUGUGAGUUGUCGCGAAAAGGGAGGGGCGAGUGGGAAAAGUAUCGAAUUGGGAAAUUGCGGUAUAGGCGGAAGAGGUCCAAGAGGAAGGAAGAAAGAAAGGUUUUUUGAGUUCGGGAAAAGGAUCGCAACCAGUGAUAAAAAGGUACGAUGGAAGUUGACUCUUGAAUCCGGAUAAAGAGGAAAGAGGUUUGAGGAUGAAAGAGAGUAACCGUAGUACUAGC